CAGUUAGAAUCAAGCAGUUGUUUUCAUUCAUGAAUACAUCUGCUGGAGAACAUUUUCCUCUCUAUUUUUGCUUCUUUGAUUCAAAGCACUGGUAGAUAUGAAAUGUGAUACACACAAGAACAAUGCCAAGAUGCAGUGGUUUUGACAAAGAGGACUCAAAAGACAAUGUGCAUCGUUCCGGGUGGCUUCCCGGCUCUUUACCGUGUUCCCACGUAGACAUAUCUUUUUCCUUUUGGGGUCUUGGUGAAUCCUAUUGGAUGCUUCCUAUUCUGCUCUUUUUUGGUUCUGGCGCCCAUCUUUAUCAAGUGCAAUGCUACCCAGUGCUUCUGGUUUUUCUCUAUCCCCUCUCUCAACCAAAUUAUGCCCAGGUCUGAGGGCUGCUCAUGGGUUUCAGAGUGCUGAAUCACUCUGUGGAGUAGUUAGUGCAGGAGGGCUUGACACAACUGGGCCUGAAACACACGAUUCACUUAAGCAUUCAUCUAAAACCAAGGAACAUUUAAACAUCAUUUAUAGGCAGCAGAAUGCGGAAGUGAAUGAUUGAAUGGUUUCCAUUUCCAAGAACUGAAAUCUUUUAGGUGAAUUAGUGGGAAGAUGGCAUGGGCGCCUGAUUUUGACCUACUUCUUUGUUGAGAAACACAUCGUACUUCUAAGUUAAAGUCUGCAAUCUGAAAAACAAGAAAACUUGAAAGUCAAUGGCUUACUACUAGGGCUCCCAAACUAGAAUCCUUUAGGACCGAGGUUUUGGACACCAGCUCUCUACCCUUCGUGUGAAUCGGGAUCUCUGGAAUGCUUGGUUAGGUCUGGAGCUCAGACUCAGCAAUUGUGACUCAGGUAGUGUGUCGCUUAGAUAAUUUACAUUUCUCUCAAGUUCUCAGAUGCUGCUGUACCAGGCACCAUAGCUGUACUGUGAAAGGCACAUUUUAAAUGCUAAGGAUUUCCAGGCUCAUUCCAAACCCAUUCAGUGGUUUAUAGAGCUUCUGAACUUGGCGUUGAUAGUUUUUAGUUCCUAAAUUUUAACGUGUCCAAGGCCAGGAACAAGUUGUUUGUCUUUACAGUGUGCGUUUGUCUCCCAGAAGUUACUGUGAGUUUGAGACCCCACGAGUUUCUGUGAGUUACCUGUAGGAAUUCUACAGUGUUUAAGAAUACCAAAUACGUGACUUAGUAAUUGUUUAUUAAACACUGCUACAAUUUCCUUCACUAAUUUGGCGUGAGGAGCUUUACGGAUCAGUCUGUGCACACUUUCCAACACCAUGAUCUCAGGAUCUAAAGUCUUAAAAAGUGGGAUCUUUCGGAACCCAACCUGAGCCUUCCUUGGGUACCCUUGGGUUUGCCCAACCCUUGUAGUUGCAACAAGUGAGCUGGGCAUGCUCAGUGGGCAGGGUCGGGUUGGGAGGGGGUGCAAGUGGGAAGCCUGUGGCUCGGCAGCCUGGGAUCUCCGCCUCCCCCCACCUGUACAAGGCCCAGCCCGCUGGGUCAGCGCUCAGCAUCCCACUCUUGCUAAUUGGGUUUGGUCUUCUGUGCGGGUCCCGCGUGCUAACAUUCAGGCCCGGGGUCUAGAGGCCUGGAGAGCCCCGCUGGGGUAUCCGGGCCGAGAGCUGCAGGCCGAGUCCCUAGGGUCCCCCGACUCCUAGACGCCUUUCUAGGCCCAGGGAAGCCUGGCGACUGGGAGGCGCGGAGGAGGGGACGCCGGAUCUGAGGGCGCGCGACGCGUGAUCAGGCUGAGCAAUGGCGUUUCAAAAGGUAGUGAAAGGGACUAUUCUUAUGGGUGGAGGAGCUCUGGCCACUGUUUUGGGACUCUCUCAGUUUGCUCACUACAGAAGGAAGCAAGUAAGCCUGGCGUAUGUGGAAGCAGCAACAUGCUUCUCAGAGCCCGUGAACAGGGAGCCUCCUUCCAGAGAAGCUCAGCUCAUGACUCUGCAGAACACAUCGGAAUUUGACAUCCUCGUCAUUGGAGGAGGAGCCACAGGAUGUGGCUGUGCGCUAGACGCCGUCACCAGAGGACUGAAAACAGCCCUUGUAGAGAGAAAUGACUUCGCAUCAGGGACUAGCAGCAGAAGCACUAAAUUGAUCCAUGGUGGCGUACGAUACCUCCAGAAGGCUAUCACGAACUUGGAUGUUGAACAGUAUAGGAUGGUGAAAGAGGCCCUUCAUGAACGUGCCAACUUACUAGAAAUCGCUCCCCAUCUAUCAGCUCCGCUGCCUAUAAUGCUGCCACUUUAUAAGUGGUGGCAGUUACCUUAUUACUGGGUGGGAAUCAAGAUGUAUGAUCUGGUUGCAGGAAGUCAUUGCCUGAAGAGCAGUUAUGUCCUCAGUAAAUCCAGAGCCCUUGAGCAUUUCCCCAUGCUCCAGAAGGACAAGCUGGUCGGAGCCAUUGUCUACUAUGAUGGACAGCACAAUGACGCCCGGAUGAACCUCGCCAUCGCCCUCACCGCUGCCAGGUACGGGGCUGCCACGGCCAAUUACAUGGAGGUGGUGAGCUUGCUCAAGAAGACAGACCCCGAAACUGGGAAAGAGCGCGUGAGUGGUGCCCGGUGCAAGGACGUGCUCACAGGGCAUGAGUUUAACGUGAGAGCUAAAUGCGUUAUCAAUGCCACCGGCCCUUUCACAGACUCCGUGCGCAAAAUGGAUGAUAACGAUGUUGUUCCCAUCUGCCAGCCCAGUGCAGGGGUUCACAUUGUGAUGCCCGGGUACUACAGCCCCGAGAACAUGGGACUUCUUGAUCCUGCAACCAGUGAUGGCAGAGUUAUUUUCUUCUUGCCUUGGGAGAAGAUGACAAUUGCGGGUACCACUGAUUCGCCAACGGACGUCACGCACCAUCCUAUUCCUUCGGAAGACGACAUUAACUUCAUCUUAAAUGAAGUGCGGAACUACCUGAGUUGCGACGUUGAAGUGAGAAGAGGGGAUGUCCUGGCAGCGUGGAGUGGCAUUCGCCCGCUUGUUACCGAUCCCAAGUCUGCAAACACUCAGUCCAUCUCUCGAAAUCAUGUUGUGGAAGUCAGCGACAGUGGCCUCAUCACAAUAGCAGGUGGGAAGUGGACCACAUAUCGCUCCAUGGCAGAAGAUACUGUGAACAAAGCUGUCAAGCUUCACAACUUGAAUGCAGGACCCAGUAGGACCGUUGGGCUCUUCCUUCAAGGAGGCAAAGAUUGGAGCCCCACACUCUACAUCAGGCUUGUCCAGGACUAUGGGCUUGAGAGUGAGGUUGCACAACACCUGGCCAAAACCUAUGGUGACAAGGCUUUCGACGUGGCCAAAAUGGCAAGUGUGACUGGAAAACGGUGGCCUGUUGUUGGAGUGCGUCUUGUGUCAGAAUUUCCGUACAUCGAAGCAGAGGUGAAAUAUGGGAUUAAGGAGUACGCAUGCACCGCUGUUGACAUGAUUUCACGUCGCACCCGCCUGGCCUUUCUUAAUGUUCAGGCUGCAGAGGAAGCCCUGCCCAAGAUUGUUGAGUUAAUGGGAAGAGAAUUGAACUGGAGUGAAUUGAGGAAACAGGAAGAACUUGAAACAGCCACGAGGUUUCUGUACUAUGAAAUGGGCUAUAAGUCUCGAACAGAACAACUCACAGAUAGUACUGAAAUCAGCCUGCUGCCUCCAGACAUCGAUCGGUACAAGAAGAGAUUUCACAUGUUUGAUGAAGACGAAAAAGGCUUCAUUACCAUUGUUGAUGUUCAACGUGUGCUAGAGAGUAUCAAUGUACAAAUGGACGAAGACACACUACAUGAAAUUCUCUGUGAAGUAGACUUGAACAAGAAUGGUCAGGUUGAGCUCCAUGAGUUUCUGCAGCUGAUGAGCGCAGUUCAUACAGGAAGGGUGUCUGGAAGCCGGCUUGCCAUCCUCAUGAAGACUGCCGAGGAGAACUUGGACCGUAGAGUUCCAAUCCCCGUGGAUCGUAGUUGUGGAGGAUUGUGAGUCUGACCAAUAAAUCCACAACCAACAAGCCUAGGACAGUCAGCACUAUGUACAACCAGAGACGACUUAAACCACUCUAAAAUAGUGGCCAUUGUAGCUGCCUUUUUUUUUUUUUUUUUUUAAAAAAAAAAAAAAACAAACAAGGGAAAAACAGCAAAAUCAAAAAAAAAAAAAAAAAAAAAAAAAGGAAAAGGAAUAAGCAAGCAAACAAACAAAAACACUGGAAAACAUUCCAAAACUUUAAAGAUGUUGGUGUGCUCGCCAACACAUUUUGCCAAUACUUUAUUUGUAUCUGCCAUGAAGUCUAGCUUCAACAAAGAGCUUUUUUUUUUUUUUAGUGCACAUUGAUUUAAUGUUUUGUAUCCAUUUUUGUAACCUGUCAGACUUGACACUCUGCCUGUCCAUUCAUUCAUUCAUUCAAACAAGUUUUAGAGGCAGACUCCCUAUAGAUCGGAAAGAUUUUGCGAGCGCCCAAACGGUCAGGAGCCGGAGCUCGUAGACAACGUUUUUUUUUUUUUUUUCUAAAAAAUCAUUUGACCUCUUAACGUGAUAAUGUUUUGGGGAGACUUCUCAACCCUGUCUUGCUACCCAACCCCUUACAAUUAACACCGUAUACUUUUCUGUCUGGAGUAACUCUGGCUAAUCUGGAGAGGGAAGACAAAGUUUAGAUCUGGUUGAGAUUUGGUUACGUUUCUAAAAGAAGAACUCCGAAAGCUUCCAGACUUGCAGGCGUAAGAUAAAGACAGCGUUGACAUUUGCCGGGAGGUACGGCGAUAGCUGCUUCUCAGCUAUCAUUUUUCCCCCUAGGCACUGCUGGCUUUCUUUGACUAUUAUAGUUGCCAGAAAAAUCCUUGCUUUUUUUACUUUGAAACCAGCAUUUGAAUGGCAAGUUGGAUAUAAUGGGAUGAGACCAAAUCUUUCCAUUCCUCACGGGAGUAAUGAUAGAACACAAUUUCCAAUCCCACAAGUGCCGAAUCUUGCAGCCUGUGGUGUUGUCAGGCCUGUUCUUGUCGGGGGUGGGCAGUAGUGGUGGCAUUUGCAAAGAGCUAAUAAAAACGAAUUGGGCAGACUUCCGUUAACUUUAAUUAUGAAAUUAAAAUAAGGAAUGCCACUUUUAUAUUGGAAGCUGGUCUGUUUGCCAAAGGUCUUUCUCUUUGAGUACUCAAUGGGAAAAUUCUCUUUCUAACAAAAAAUAAAAUAAAUUAAAAAUCAAAGAAAGACAUUAGACACACACACACACACACACACACACACACACACACACAAAUCAAACCCAAAAGUCAGUGCCCAUUGAACUCAACAGAUAGUGCACAGAACAGAGGUACCUUGCCAGUUGGAAGAUGUUUUUGUUAUAGUCUGUUGGCGUUAUAACUAAUAGUCUUAGUACUUACUAAUUGGCCUCCCAUCUCUGAAGCUACCAACAGUUAGCUUCCUGUGCAUAGUAGGACGUGUAGCUCUUCGUUCACACUUCUCUCCUGUCGUUCACACUUUUCUCCUGGCAGCCUUUGUUGCACAGACCACGUCCUAGCCUUGUGAACUGGUACAUAAACCACCUUUGUGCUACUGUUCCGCUUAUGCACACAUUGUGUCUUUCUGCCUCAUUCAUUCUGGGUCAUGAAUAUCAUAUCAUAUAAUGUAAGCUGGGAGGUUCUCAGUCCCCGCCUCACACCCUCCCCCUCCCCCACCCCCACGCCCUCCCCAUCCCAUACCCCUGAAAUAUGCAGAGAGACUGCAGGGAGAGACACUCAACUCGUUAUUAAAUGAAGUAUAGAUGCUUCCACUUCUGUGUCAGGGAAACCUAAGUGAUGUCACAGCAGGUGUCACUGUGAAUUCUUUUCUUUCCAAGUGUCAAUUUUUUACACUGGUUUGUAUUUUUUUUUUUAAAUAGAUGGAAGCAUGUGGCUUUGCAAUUUAGUGGGAUUUUUUUUUUCUAUCAUGACAAUAAAGUUCACUUUAUACCUCGUGACAGUCAAGUCGGCAGAAAAGCUAUCCUUUAAGACAUCCCUUUAAGAUCUGUGCAGAUAUAUCACAAUAUUCUACAUCGCUACUUCCUCUCUCUUUCUCUCUCUUUCUAGUUAGAUCAAGAUAACGGUGGCUUGUGUCAUCCCUGAUUCUCUUACAGUAGGGACUGGGCUCAGAAUGUGACUUGAUUAGGCUGAUCUGCACUUGGAAAGCAGGUCUUGUCUGUAUAUGCCUUGCUCUGAACGAAGUUCCCUUAAGGACAAAGGGAAGCGCACUGUGCUUCGUUUGAGCUUCUCUGCCUGGGCUUGGUAUCUGCUCAUUCUAAAACACGCUCCUUCACCAGUCCCUGAGACUCUCGGAAACGAGCUCCUUUUUAAUCACACUCCUAUGAGUAAAGCACCCCAGAAUUUCUCUAUGAGUUCCCAAUGAAACCUGUACAGGUUUUUAAAUUUUAAAUCCAAUUUAAGCCAAGAGGAGGAAGGAACUCAGGGGAAGAAGCCCCUUCAGAAACUCCUCCAGAGAAUAAACCGUGUUUGUCUUUUCCCAUAAAACUGCUAUUUGUUGAUUUUGUUUGGCUGUGGGAGGGGGUGAGAGGAGAUCACCUUUUAUCAUCAGGUGAUUUAUUUCCUCCUGACGGGAUUCAGGUGAAGGAAGCCCAUCUGUUCUGGAGAGCUGUGUAUGCCUUUAACUAGCCUCCGUCCCAUUGCUUGAACAGUCAUUACUGGCUUAGCUACGGUUGCUGCCUCAGUCAUCAUGCUGCAUAUUCCUGCUUUCCCGUAUGUUCAUACUGAGUGUGACACCGGAUCUCUGCUCUCGGGUGCAUGCUUCGUACUCUGCCUCAGCUUAUGCCUUGAUUUUUGUCCAUUUCAAAAUACGCGCAACAAAAAAUGUUCAUUCUGAUUUUAACUCAGUUCAGCAGAGAGGUUGUCAUUGACCUUUCCCCCCUCUUUCCCUCUUUUUUAUCCGUAAAGGUCUUUUUACAUAUGAAUGUAAUCACGUCCAUGACACCAAUGCUGUAAACUCUGCACUGCAGUUUACUCUAAGGAGUGAAAAAGCCCUACUGUGUUUUAAAAGAAUCCCCUCUCUUAGUCCAGUCCUGGAGUGGAUGCACGUGCUGCACGCUCUCUCACUCGCACAGUUUUUAUGUAUUGUGUUGGGUUAUCGUUCUAGACUGGACUGUUAAAUGCUGUCUGUGAGGCUGGACUGUCAUUUUUAUAACUGUCUUCGUAUUUUAUCGCCAUUAUUUAUUACUUUUGAUAUACAGAAUGAGCCGCAUGCAUUUAUAGAGCAAUAAGAAGAUGUAUUUAAUGUGCCUUGUUUUUAACUGAGUAAGAGCUGAAAGCAUGAAUCAAUAAAACUGAUUAAAGUGG